UGUCGCGCGCGAACGUGUCGAGUCGAGUCACUUUCACGUUCGAAAUUUAAAAAAAGGGGGAAACUCGCAUGAGAAAUCUUUCAUUUAUCACCACUAAUCAACCAGUAACAUAAUUGGCUUCAAGCCGCCGAGCCCUAUCGGAGUGUUUACAAAUAAAUUAUGUCGAAUUAAAAGUUCGAUUAAACGUGUGCUGAGCAAGACUAUUCUAGUGCAUGAGUGUAGACGAUAAGGACUUUCUUCGUUGUCUUUUUUUCUUCCUUCUGUGAUUUCUUAUUUUCGUUUUUCGAACAUUAAAUUACAUGUACUUGCAAUUAUUUGAAACAGCAUAUUCAAUAUAAUUAUAGUGAAGUGUAAUAAGUUUGUGUACCUUGAUCGUGCGGGGACCGUUCUUAUUAGAAUUUGUUUGGUAGUGUAAUAUGGGUGGUAUUUGGAAGGUUACGAUGCCCUUGUUAAGUACGUUAGCUGCUUUGGUGAUUAUCGUGCACUCCGCCGAAGAAAAUUACGAACAAAACUACAGACAGAUCAGACCUAGAGCUUUGGACUUAGGCCAACCAAACUACGACCAGUCAUGGAGGGCUAUGGAAGUAGAACCAGAAACGACACCACUCUCGCCAGUUAAUCAAGAAGAUUGGGAUGAUAAUGGUUCUAAUCAACCAAUGAGACGAAGAAGGCGUAAGCGGAAGCGACGUCCGCAUCAAUCUCUGGAAGAUAUUGCAUCGGAAGGUAUAAUUUACCGACAAGCAGCAUCUCAAGAUUAUCAACAGGACGUCAUUGAAAUGCCAAGAAGACGCCGAAAGAAAAUCGACUAUCAAGAUGCGGGAGAUCGCAAUCGACCUAUGCAUUGGACCGACGAAGGGUUAGAACGACCAUUACGAAGACGUGGUCAAAGAAGAAAAAGGCCACCACUAGAAACUUGGCCAGAAUCAAACGAAUUUAGACCAAACGAUCGGCCCGACAGUAGUGAAGAAAUUUUACACGAAAAAGAAACUCGAAUUGAUAGCAUUAUAGACAGUAGUCGUAAUGAUGACAGGGAUGGGAAUGAAAAAAUCGAGUCUAACAUAGAGAUUGAUGACCAAAGUGAAGCGCAAUUUGUUGAAGUGACAACUCAAACAAACAAUAUAAAAAAUAAUUUGAAAUAUGAAGCUGUUUCACAAAAAGAUGCAAGAUGGCCCGUAAAACUGAAUACGACUUUAAUAACAACAAAUGAAAAAAUAAAAGACAAAUUUAGUACUAUAAAUAACGAUGUGGAAAUGCCAAAGGAUAACGGACCAUUAGAUCCUUAUACUUUAAAGGCUAUUCUUCGGAAAUCAAAUGGAAAAAGUUUAAGCGAAAUAUUACAACAAAAUAAUUUAUCUCUAGCCGAUUUACUUCAUGGUAAAGAAAAGGCUAUAACAGUUCUACAAAGAAAAGACGUUAUUGAUUAUCAAGACGCAAGUUCAAUUAAAAGUCAAACUGUGUUUGUUAACAGCGAUGUAAAAUCUGUAGAUUCAGUUGCUGAAAUCCCUGAGUCAGAAGAUCAAGAAAGACCACAAAAUUAUGUAAAUCAAGUAGGUAAAGAAGAUAUAGAAACAACGACAGAUUGCUCCACAAAUACGGAAAGCGCUACUUUUAGUGGUACAGAAAAUUUCGAAAAAUCAGGAUCUUUAUUAUUAGAGAAUACUACACAAAACAUAUUAAGACGUCGAUUUCCAUUAGGUAUUCGAAGAAAAUUACGAAUGAGGCCACCAUUAAACAAUACUUAUAAAGGGCAAUUAAGCAGAGAUUUAAUAACUCUAACGUCACUUAAAUACAAAAACAGCAAAACUUUGACAAAGUCAAAAGAAUGGAACGAUAUAUUACCUGCAAUGACACGGAGAGGUCAAACUAUGACAGAACCUAAUGUUGCAAGUAAUUUAAAUGUCGUUGUGAAAUUGACUACUACCACUUUGACACCCGAAGAAACAACUGCUGAACAAAUAUUCGAAACUACUACUGAUUCUUCUGAUUCAUUAAAUACAGAAACAACAUUUUAUACUGACCCUGACAAAAUUGUAAGUUUAGAAUCCACUGACACUGGAUUAAAUUCUGGAACAGAAACUGCUCCGCCAACAACAGCAGUUAUAAAUGAAGUUGUUAAAGAAGACAAAGUCAUAUCUACUGAAAAGCCUAAAAUUGUACCUUUAUUAAGACCUCUAGUAAAUUCUUCUGAAUUGAGAAGGCAAGCUUACAGCAAUCGAAUAAAAAGGAAGCGUCUUAAGCAAAAAAUUUCAACUACUGAAUCACCUGAGUUAAACCACCACUACAAGAAACCAUCCGAACAAGGAUUAAACAAGAUUUAUGGUUCCGAGAUUAUUUCUAAAACACAGACAAGAACAACAAAUUCAGACCAGGAAGAAGAUUUUUCAACUUUAGAAGAUUUCAUGACCACAGAAGUUUCAAAUACUAUAAAUGAAAUAACUAGAUCUACCAGAAUACCCCAAAGAAACCACAGAUUAACGUUUUCAACAACGCAAGCUCCAUUCACUACUGGAGAAACUGCUAAAUAUGAAAUAGAUGAAAUUCUUAGUGAUGAUCUUGCUAGCGCAAGGCUUUCAAAAAUACUUAAGGAGAGGAAUAUGACGAUAAGAGAGUUAGUGGAACAUAGGGAGAGGGGUUCUAGUCAUGUACAUUUGGCAGAUAUAUUUCACAACACAUCAAAAGAACCUAACCCACCGGAACCAUUUUUGUCGAAGUCACUUAUAGAACCGAUAUCAAAGGAAACAUAUCCGCUUAGAGCUUUGUUAGAAGCAAAUUCAUAUGAUCCUAAAACUACGACUAUCGAACCCAAUCUAAAUGCAUCAAAUAAUUUAAACAUUCCAGUAGUAAUGGAUUUCGGUAACAACGUCAACGAAAACGGAGAAAAUAUGGGUAUUAUAUCGCUGUUUAAAAAUUUUAGUCGAAUCGAUAAUGAAGGACAAAGUUUGUACGAUGAAAGCAAAAAAGCAUUUGAAAACAAUUCUGAAGAUGAUAUUUCGAAUCACGAAUCAACAAGAGAAAGUCGUCUAUUAAACACUGAAAAAGAUUUAAUAACAUGGAAUGAUUUAAUAACUCUAAUGCAACAGAGUCAUCAAAAAGAAAAUCAUGAAGUAAAGAAACAUUCGAGAGAUGAUUUGACAAUAUCUCAAACAUUGAAGAAAAUUAAUUUGGAAAAAGAAAUUGAUGGUGACAGCUUAACAGUAUUGGAAGAUAUACAAAAAUUGAAAGACUUUGAUAGCAGAAUUACAUCUGACGAACUAUUGGAAAUGAAAUUAUUCGAAAAUGUCGAAUUAACGCAAACACCUAGUGUAACUAAUACAGUUUCUAACAACAAUACCAAAUCAGUAGCAGUGGUUACAGCAAGUAUUAUUGGAUUAGUUCUUAUUUUGUUUUUACUUACAUAUGCUAUUCUGAAAUGGAAGCAACAAAACAAAAUGUUCCAAAAGACACAUGCUAAAGAAGAAGAAUGUUUACCAAGUCCUAUUUUCGAAAAUCGAAAGGGACACAAAAUCAAUAGUAGUACUCGUAGUAAGAGUCCUAUGAUUUCUUCAAACAUAUAUGCUAUUGAUUCAAUUGAUACUCGUGCUGGGAGUGAAUCACCUGAAUAUAUGUGGGACACUUUAAGGAAGCCGUUUCAAUAGAUUUAGCAGAAUUUUAGUUAAAGUUUAGACUGAUUUUAAACAUAAUUCUUAAUAUUUAUUAUUUUUGCUUACUAGUGACCUGACAACAGUUAUAGUUAGAUUUAAAAAUGGGUUUUAAAAAAAGUGAAUAAUCAAAAUUUUAAAAACUAUUUUGUAUUUAACAUUAAAUUGUUUUCAUUUGAUAUAAGCUGCUUUGUAUGUUGUAUAUAAUUUUAACUGGACUUCAGUAUUAUGUGGCAAGUGCAAUUGUCUUUAAUUUUUAAUAUAAAUUGAUGUAAGUG